UGUAUGGACUGAGGACUCAUCAUCCUUUGUUGAUUUCCAUCAUGUUUAUAUUUAUCUUUGAUUUGCUUGUACAUUCAUAUAUUAUAUGAAUAUUUAUGAAUAAAGCAUUGAUAGUUGGAAAUCUCAAUAAGAAAAUAAGAAUUAUGUGUCUGCUCUACAGAUUUGAAGAAAACUAAAAAUAAAACGGAAAUGUUCUUUAAAAUGAGAAAGAGAGGGAGUUGAUGACUAAUGCUGAAAAUAUGUAUGUACAUCAUUAGCAAUUGUAAAGUAGUAUCAUAAAAUAAUUUAUAACAUAUAAAAUAUACUCGAUUAUUUUUAAUGUCAAUGUGUGGACUGUAUAAAAAAAGAUGCAUAACGUUUGCGAUAUUUUGAAGACUUAAAAUAUAACCUAUCUUUUAAGAUUAAAAUGGUCCUUGAAAGCAGUUAUCAACAAUUCGACCAAUCUUCAGAAGGUGAAGGUGAAGGUCAAGAAAGAAAUGUUGAUCGUGAUGAGACACCGCUUGAUUCUGGCGUUAUCAUUCAUGUAGUUCCAGAAAGUGGUAAAACUAGAUGGAAUCAUAUUGAAGAUUUAGAUUCUUUUUUUACAAGGAUGUAUCAUUACCAUCAAAGACAUGGAUUUGCAUGUAUGAUGCUUCAAGAAGUUUUAGAACUUGGACAAUUUAUAUUUGUCAUCAGUUUUUCAGUAUUUCUCUUUCAUUGUAUUGAUUACUCUAUUCUAUUCAAGGAUAAAAGGCCUUCAAACACUGACAAAAUAUCUAUAAGUGAUGCCAUAUUGUCCUCCAAGGAAUGUUUAGCAAGUAUGGGCUUAGUUACUUGGAUUUCUAUUCUUGUAGCCAGUAUAUUCUGGUUUCUUCGUGUAGUGAAAGUGCUAUAUCACUUCGUACAAUAUUGGGAUAUUAAAUCUUUUUUUAAUAUUGCCUUGAAAAUUAAUGAUAAUGAUUUAGAUAACUUAACGUGGCAUGAAGUUCAAAAAAAAAUUAUUGAAGUUCAAAAAGAACAAGAAAUGUGUAUCCAUAAAAGAGAGCUUACAGAACUUGAUAUUUACCACAGAAUAUUAAGAUUUAAAAAUUAUAUCGUAGCAAUGAUUAACAAGUCUCUUCUUCCCGUACGACUAAAAAUUCCUUUUUUUGGAGAUAUUAUUUUCAUGACUCAAGGAUUGAAAUAUAAUUUGGAACUAUUGUUGUUUUGGGGUCCAUGGUCACCGUUUGAAAACAGCUGGCAUUUACAAGAAGAUUAUAAAAAGUUGAAUAAACGUCAAGAACUUGGGAGAUCUUUAUCUAAGUAUAUUUUAUGGAUUGGAAUUGCUAAUUUAGUACUGUGUCCUUUAAUACUUCUUUGGCAGAUUCUUUACUCUUUUUUUAACUAUGGAGAGCUGUUAAAAAGGGAACCUGGAGCUCUUGGAACUCGUAUGUGGUCAUUGUAUGGGAAAUUAUACUUACGUCAUUUUAAUGAAUUAGACCAUGAAUUAAACGCCCGCUUGAACCGUGCAUACCGUCCAGCAUCUAAAUACAUGAGUAUGUUUACAUCACCAUUAGUAACCGUUAUUGCAAAGAAUGUUGCCUUCAUUUUCGGCAGCAUUUUUGCUGUGUUUCUAAUUUUGACAUUUUAUGAUGAAGAUUUUUUAACAGUAGAACAUGUCUUUAUGAUAAUGACAGUAAGUGGAAGUGUCGCAGCUAUAUGCAGAUCUCUUGUACCUGACGAAAAUCUUGUUUGGUGCCCUGAAAGCUUACUAACGGCAGUUCUUGCUCAUACUCAUUAUCGUCCAGAUAGUUGGCAAGGACAAGCUCAUACACAAACUACAAGAAGUCAAGUAGCUCAACUUUUUCAAUAUCGGGCAGUACAUUUACUUGAAGAAUUGAUGUCUCCUCUUUUAACUCCUUAUAUUUUAUGUUUUCACUUAAGAUAUAAGGCCUUAGAUAUAGUAGAUUUUUAUCGAAAUUUUACAAUUGAAGUAACAGGUGUAGGUGAUAUAUGUAGUUUCGCACAAAUGGAUGUUAGAAAGCAUGGAAAUCCGAUGUGGCAAACACUGCCACAGAGUCCCAUUAAUAAAGAACCGGAAAGACCAGAAUAUAGUGAUCUUCAAAUAGGAAACAUAAAUAAAUAUAUUCCUUUAUGUUCUAAUCAAUAUACGCAAGCUGAAGAUGGAAAAACUGAACUUUCAUUAAUACAUUUUACAUUAACAAAUCCAGAAUGGAAACCACCUAGUCAUGCGGAAAACUUUGUUGCUGCAUUACGAGAAAGAGCUAAAAGAGAAGCCACAGCUGCUCAAUUAGAGAAUAAUCCACUUUAUGCCAGUUUGAGUAGUGUAUCCAGCUUAGGACCUGAGUACAAUGAUAUAGUUUCAAAUAUUCUUAGAAGCCCAAUAAUGAAUCAAGUUAGUAUGCCAAAUACGAAUUAUAAUUAUACUCAUCAACCUACCGGAAUGUCAUUACAUACCUCUAUUAAUGGACAAAAUGUAUGUUCAACAAGUGGUAAUACUGCAAUUCGACGCAAUGUUAACAGAGCUGAAGGCCCAUUACAUAUCGGCGAAAAAGGCUUAUUAUAUAGUUUACAACAAGUUAUUGGUGGUUCUUACCAAUCUUUAGAAACAUCUGCAUUUAGCUCAGGGCAGCAAGAGAUGCAUACCAUACAACAUACUGUGCCACUAGAGUUAACUGCUGUUGAUAUGUCCUUAUCGACAUUAUAUCUCCAUGAAAUUCACCACAGGCAGUAACAACAGUGCGGUACGAAGAGCAAAGGAUUAGGAAAAAAACCGAGGACCGAGUCCGCGGACGUCCUCAAACUACCCUUAGCAUGCGUGCAGGAAGGCCGUAUUUAAAUUCAAGAGUGUGCCCAUUGUUGUAGAAGAAUCAGGCUGUGUCCUUGUUGCGUGUUGCAAGAUAAAGUGCGCAACGUGCUCGACUUCGUUUCAUGUCAGCAGACAGAGAUCUGCUGCGGAAGUGAACGUGGAGGAGCGCCAUAAUAGUCCAAAAUAUCAAUCUUCAACAUCGAAACAUGCUGUACUAUCAGAAACUCCAAAUAAAUACAAAAAUUGCGAAUUCAUCCAGACACAUUUUUAUAUAAUUGACAAUAGAUAAGUUGAAAAAAAAAAUAAAUGAAAGUAUUCGCAAAAAUUUACAAAUGCGAUUUUUGCUCAUUAGAUACUUAUAACUAGAAUAAAAUAGACUAAAAAAUAUUUAUCAUAUGCGUUCAUUUCAUCUUAAAAACUACCCCUCUUAAGGGGUUGGGGUAAACCGGAAGUUGACCGAGAGAGAGAGAGAGAGAGAGAGAGAGAGAGAGAGAGAGCGAGAGAGAGAGAGAGAGAGAGAGAGAGAGCGAGAGAGAGAGAGAGAGAGAGAGAGAGAGAGAGUACUAGAAAGCCACAAGGUAGCUAGACAACAAACCAAAAAUAAAGCAAAUAAUAUUUUAAUAAUUCUCUUUAAUAUAUAUCUACAUUACUAUAAUAAAU